AGUCAUCUCCUCCACACAAAUUCACUAAUGGUUGGAGAACCCGACCACACAAAUGGUCCAAAAAGACCUUGACUUUGAACAUUUCGACUCUUUCGUCGUUGAUACUUGAUAGCAUAAGAACAUGUCCAUACUUGAAACUUCCUUAAACUCAAUGUUCUCUCUUACUUCAUACAAUCAAAGUCAAAAGCUCAAGAUACUACUCAAUGGGCAUAGCAAGAUCCAUAACCUCGUUCAUGUUCUUCCUCUUGGUAUCAUCAAACUCUGUUAACAAUUCUGUUCUUGCUCAGGCCACGACAGCGAAAUUCACAUUCAUAGGUUUCAAAGGAAACCAAACGGAAAUUCAAACAGAAGGAGCUUCGACGAUCCAACUCGACAAUGAUCUUCUGAGACUAACUAAUCGGAACCAAAACGUCACUGGAACCGCGUUUUACCGCAAACCGAUUAGAUUGCGUGACUUCACCAAUUCCUCCGAUAUCAAAGUCUGUUCCUUUAGCACUUCUUUCGUGUUCGUCAUAAUCCCUUCAAGUCCCGGAACCGGUGGUUUUGGUUUCACGUUCACACUUUCUCCGACCCCGAAUCGUCCUGGAGCCGAAUCUGCACAGUACUUGGGGCUUUUGAACAAAACCAACAACGGUGAUCCAUCGAAUCACGUAUUCGCUGUUGAAUUCGACACGGUACAAGGAUUUAAAGACGGCGCAGACAGAAGAGGAAACCACAUCGGUCUUAAUUUCAACAACCUCUCCUCCGAUGUACAAGAGCCACUCAUUUAUUACGACACAGAGGAUCGAAAAGAAGAUUUUCAGCUCGAGAGCGGCGAACCAAUCCGAGUUCUUGUCGAUUACGACGGAUCCAGCGAAACCUUAAACGUCACAAUCUAUCCGACGAGAUUAGAGUUUAAACCCAAAAAGCCCCUGAUCUCGCGGCGAGUUUCAGAGCUGUCGGAGAUUGUGGAGGAUGAAAUGUACGUCGGAUUCACCGCCGCGACUGGAAAAGACCAGUCGAGUGCUCACUAUGUAAUGGGUUGGAGUUUUUCAAGCUGUGGAGAAAAUCCAAUGGCGGAUUGGCUCGAUCCCUCGAAGCUUCCUCUUCCACCUCGCUUGAGUAACAAGAAAGGUUAUGAUUCUCAAGUCAUUGCUUUGAUUGUUGCUUUAUCGAUCGUCACAUUGGUCUUGCUUGUGUUACUGUUUAUAUUUGUGAUGUACAAAAGGCGAAUCCAAGAAGAAGAUAUUCUAGAGGACUGGGAGAUUGAUUAUCCUCAUAGAUUCAGAUACAGAGAUCUCUACUUAGCAACGAAGAAAUUCAAAGAGAGUGAGAUCAUCGGUACCGGAGGAUUUGGAAUCGUUUACAGAGGAAAUCUAUCUUCCUCGGGUCCAAUCGCAGUGAAGAAGAUUACUUCAAAUAGCUUACAAGGUGUUCGAGAAUUUGUCGCAGAGAUCGAGAGUUUAGGAAGAUUAGGUCAUAAGAACCUCGUGAAUCUUCAAGGAUGGUGCAAACACAAGAACGAGCUCUUGUUAAUUUACGAUUAUAUCCCCAACGGAAGCCUUGACGCGCUGCUGUACAAAACGCCGAGAAGAAACGGCGUUGUGUUGCCGUGGGACGUGCGUUUCGAGAUCAUAAAGGGAAUCGCGUCGGGACUGUUGUAUCUUCAUGAAGAAUGGGAACAAAUUGUGGUUCAUAGAGAUGUGAAAGCGAGCAAUGUUCUUAUUGAUGAAGAUAUGAACGCUAAAUUAGGCGAUUUUGGACUCGCUAGGCUUUACGAACGCGGAACCUUAACGCAGACCACGAAAGUCGUUGGGACUUUAGGGUACAUGGCACCUGAGCUCACACGUAACGGUAAAGGCUCGACAGCGUCUGAUGUUUUUGCGUUUGGCGUUUUAUUGUUGGAAAUAGUGUGUGGGAAUAAACCAACGAACUCAGAGAACUUCUUCUUGGCUGAUUGGGUAAUGGAGUUUCACACUAAUGGUGGAAUCCUUAGCGCCGUGGAUCAGAAACUCGGGUCUAGUUUUAAUGGCAGAGAGGCUAAAUUAGCUCUUAUUGUGGGAUUACUCUGUUGCCAUCAGAAACCGACAUAUCGGCCAUCGAUGAGAAUGGUGCUUAGAUAUCUGAAUGGUGAAGAGAAUGUUCCACAGAUUGAUGGAAAUUGGGGAUUUCCGGGUUCUUCAAGAGACGAUCUUAAAACGAAUGUGGUAAGUUAUGUUUCGUCCGAUAGAGCCUCGAGCUCGAAUACUUUUUCGUCUUUCUCCGAGGUUUCUUCAAGCUCUAUCGUUAGUGGUAGAUAGUUUCAUUCAUAGCACUUUUAGCAUAGCAUUAUUUUCUAGAAACAGAACAUUUUGUAUGUAUUUACUAUUUAUGGUCCUGACUCUUGAAUACUUUAUUACCGUUGGAUCAUGGAUGUAGCGCAAUCUUAAAUUCA